AUGACUUCCAGACUCGAUCGUCUAUUGACAUUAUUGGGUACUGGAGAUUCAUUAGCAGUAAAACGAUCAGCUGCUACACAAAUUGGUCAAGUAGUUAGUACAUAUCCAAAAGAAGUCGAACCUAUUCUUAAUAAACUUAAAAAAUAUGUUAUACAUUCAUCAUGGGAUGUUCGUAUUGCAUGUGGUUUAACUAUUGAACUUAUUAGUAAAAAUAUAUCCAAUGAAUUUUUUGUUUUAUUCAAUGAAAAUUUACGAUAUGGUUUAAAAUUAAAUUCAUUUAAUUUCAAUCAUGUUAUUGCAAAUAGUUCAAUAUUUUAUCUUGGUGCACGUAAAAUUGAAGAAAUAGGCGAUUAUGAUGGAAAUGUAUCUGUACAAAAGAAAUUUGUACGUAAAGAAUUUAAUUUUGGUUUACAAGAACGUUUAACUGGUACAGAUAUGCCAGUAGAAGAAAAUGAUUUUAAAAUUGAAUCAUUAAAUAGUUAUAAUUCAAAUGUUAAAUGUGUUUCAUCUGCUGAUUUGCAACGAUUUGUAUUUGGUGAACAAUAUUCAAUUAUUGAACAAGAUCAUUCACCAGAACCAACAUCUUCAAAACGAAUAAAAGUAUCGAAUUCUAAUGAUGAAAAUGAAGAGAAUCGAUUACGUUGGCCUUUCAAUGAUUUUUAUAAUUGGUUACUUGAACAAAUCUUUCAACCAUCAUGGGAAUAUCGACAUGGAUCCGUUACUAUUCUACGAGAUCUUCUCAAAGGACAACAAUCAUUAUCAAUUUCAAAUGAAUUUUAUUUUCAAUGGCUUGAAGAUUUAAGUGUUCGUUUAUUAACAUUAAUUAUUCUUGAUCGUUUUGCUGAUUAUGUUUCUGAUGAAGUCGUUGCACCAAUUCGUGAAACAGGCGCUCAAACUUUAAGUAUUAUUUGUAGUUGUUUACAUGAUCAACCACAAUGUUCAUCUUUAAUUUCAAUUCUUUUACAUUUACUCAAACACAAUGGUACUUGGGAAAUUCGACAUGGAGCAUUACUUACGCUCAAAUAUACAUUCAAUAUACUCAAAGAAAUACCCAACGAGAUGCAAAUCCCAUGUGUCCAAGCUGUACGACAAUGUCUGAGAGAUGAAUCUGACGAUGUUGUUUCAACUGCCGCAGCAACAUUAUUACCACUCGUUACUCAAUAUGAAUCUGUUGUCCUCGAUUGUGCACCUGGUUUAAUUGGUGAACUUAUCUCAUUACUUGAUUCAAUGGAUGAUCUUAAUUCAGCAGCUAGUUCAAUUAUGAAUCUUCUUGCUAAAUUACUUGCAGCAAAUUCAGCUGAAAAAUUUAAAUUAUCUUUUGCUCAAGUUCUACCAAAAAUUUUUCCAUUUUGUCGUCAUCAUACAUUACCAUUUCGUUUAGCUGCUAUUCAAACUGUUAUGAAAAUUAUUGAAGCUAGUCAAUCGAAAUUAAAUAUGUGCACAUCAGAAGAAUUAUCUGUACUUGAACAUACAUUUCGUCUUCUUUUUGAACGAUCUAUACUCGAAUCAGAUGAUAAAAUUCUUACAUCAAUUGAACAAACAUGGAAUAUUCUUUGUCAAUCGAAUAGUAUUGUUCGACAAUGUACAUUUUCAUCAUAUCAACGAUGGAUUUGUCUAUCUGUUCAUCCAGCUAGAGUGCCAAUUAAUUCAACAUUAUUAUUAAAUGAUGAGAAAACUCCACAAACAACAACAAUACUUAAUAAUGAUGAUAAACGUUAUUUAAGUAGUUCGACAAUAAAUAAUCAUCAAUAUUUAGCUAUGGGUUUUACAGUAUGUCAUCAAGACGCUCCAUUAGAACAAGAUCGUACUGUUAUUAAAUGUCGUCGUUUAGCAGCACGUUUACUUGGUCAAUUAUUUAUUCAUUAUGAUCAACAACAAUCAAAUAGUGUUUUAAAUUAUAUAACAAGUCUUAAUUAUCGUUCAGCUGUACAACGAAUGGUUGCUGGAAUGAUAACUAGUGAAUGGGGAAAAAAUAUGAUUGAUUUUUCAAUUAAUACAAAUAUUCUUCAAGAACAUUUUCAUAAAGCAUUAAAUGAAACACUUUAUUUUGAUGAAAUAGCACCAUCGUUUACUAAACUUAAACGUGAUUUUACAUCAUUUAUGUAUGAAUGUGCUAGACAACGCUUAUGUAAUCCACAAUCAAUUGAAUCAAUUGCACUUCAUUCAGUUGAUGAUAUUAUUGAAUUAUGUGAUAAGGUUCAUUCAAAUAUUGAUUCACAUAUUCAAUUAAAUGGACAAAAACAAAAUAUUCGUGAUGAAGCUCAACGAAUACAAAAUGAAUCAGAAACACUUGCACUUAGAUCAACAGCUUAUUUGGCAUCAGCAUGUGUUUAUUGGCAUUUUCUUGGUGAUCAACUCAAUCCACUCAUUCGACCAUUAAUGGAUGCAUUAAAAAAAGAAUUAGAUCCACAGAUUCAAAAUGAUACAGCUCAUGCUGUUGCAGAUCUUAUCUGGCAGUGUACACAACGAACAACAAAUCCUAAUCCGAAUGGUAAAAUAAUUAAAAAUUUAUGUAAUUAUGUUUGUGCUGAUUCGGAUGAGACACCACAUAUUACAAAUUCCUCACGUUUUACAGAAUCUACUGAAAUAUUAUUAAAUGUUAAUGAAGGAUAUAAUUGUACUAUUUUAAGAGGCAUUUAUACUUGGCAAAAAACAAAUAGUGAUGAUACAACUAGAAAUACUCUAAAUCGCGAUUCAUCAGUUGAUUCAACACCUACACCUUCUUCAAAUAGUUCGACUGCUAAAAAAUUUAAUUUUGAUUCACCAAAUAAUAAUGAUUAUUCAAGACAUGGUGGUGAAUGUGCUCUAUCUGCUAUUUGUCAUCGAUUUGGUGCUGAACUUCAAUCAAAAUUAUCAGAUUUAUAUAAUCGAACAGUAAUAGAUAUUGAACAAUUUAAUGAUGAAUUAUGUCAAACACAAUCAACGGCUGAUGCUCAAUGUUUAGCAGAUACACUUCAAAUUCUUACUAUCCUCAUUCCACAUGUUCAUGAAACUAUUUUAAAUAAUUAUCUUAAACUUCUACCUAAUUUAUCUCGAUGUUUAUCAUCAAAAUAUACAGUCAUACGUUAUUUAACUGCACGUUGUAUUGGUAUUUUAUCAAUACAUAAAAUUGAAUAUGUACUUCAAUUUAUUAUUGAUUCUAUUCUGCCAAAAUUAACAAAUACAAAUAUGGAUACAAGUUAUUUACAAGGACCAAUUGAAACUUUAUAUCAUGUUAUUGAUAAACAAGCACUUAAUAUUAUUCGUUAUGCAAAAUAUUUAAUGUUACCUUGUAUUCAAUCUAUGACACAUCAAGAUUUUUAUAUACGAUCGACAGCUAGUAAUUGUUUUGCUGUUCUUAUUAAAUAUUAUGCUUUACAUAAUGAUGAUACAACAAUUGAACAUACAAACGGUACGGAAAAUGAAAAUUUUCUUGAACAACUUUUCGAUAAUAAAAAAAUGCCUGUUUAUCAUUUACCAAUGACUGUUAAAGCGGAUAUUCGACCAUAUCAACAUGAUGGGAUCAAUUGGUUAAUGUUUCUUAAACGAUACAAUUUAUCGUGUGUUCUUGCUGAUGAUAUGGGUUUAGGAAAAACACUUCAAACAAUUUGUGUUCUUGCUUCUGAUAUUGUUGAACGAAAAAAAGAAAAUUUUGAAAUUCGACCAUCACUUGUUAUUUCACCACCAACCUUAACUCGACAUUGGACAAGUGAAAUGAAUAAAUUUGUUAGUGAAGAUAUUCUUCGUCCAUUACUCUACUCUGGAAAAAAUUUAGCUGAACGUGAAGGAUUACGAAAUAAAUAUAUACAAAAUCCAAAAGAAUAUACAGUUAUUGUUGCUUCAUAUGAUGUUAUUCGUAGUGACAUAGGAUUUUUUUCAACUAUUCCAUUUAAUUAUUGUGUACUUGAUGAAGGUCAUGUUAUUCGUAAUUCUAAAACAAAAUUAUCGAAAGCUAUUCGUCAGAUCUCAGCAGCUCAUCGUCUUAUAUUAUCGGGUACGCCUAUACAAAACAAUGCACUUGAACUUUGGCAAUUAUUUGAUUUUCUCAUGCCGGGUUAUUUGGGUUCAGAAAAACAAUUUAUUCGUCGUUAUCAAAAACCAUUAUUAGCAUCAAGUCGGGAUCGUGAUCUUGAACAUGGACAAUUAGCAAUGGAUGUUUUACAUAAACAAGUUAAACCAUUUAUGUUACGUCGUUUAAAAUCCGAUGUAUUAGAUGAUUUACCACCAAAAAUUUUACAAGAUUAUUAUUGCGAUUUAAGUUCAAUUCAAUGUAUGCUUUAUGAAGAUUUUGCUAAUAAAACAAAAGAACAAGUUAAAUAUGUUGAUAAUGAUUCAACAAAUCAAAAUGGAAGUUCUGCAACAGGUCAUGUAUUUAAGGCAUUACAAUAUUUACGUAAAUUAUGUAAUCAUCCAGCAUUGAUUUUAACACCUGAACAUCCAAAAUGGUUAAAUGUACAGAAUGAAUUAAAAGAAUCACAAAUUAGUUUGAAUGAUAUUCGAUUAUCAGGAAAAUUACUUGCUCUUAAAGAGUUAUUAAUUGAAUGUGGUAUCGGUUUAUCCAAAGACGCUGUUGUAUCAACACAUCGUGCAUUAGUUUUUUGUCAAAUGAAAGUAAUGAUUGACGUAAUUAUUAAUCAAGUUCUUGGAACAAUGGAUAAUGUUAGUUAUCUUCGUUUGGAUAGUUCAAUGAAUGCAAUUGAUCGUUAUAAUACAGUUAAUUUAUUUAAUUCAGAUCCAAGUAUUGACCUUUUAUUACUUACAACACAUAUUGGUGGUCUUGGUUUGAAUUUAACUGGUGCUGAUACAGUUAUAUUUGUUGAACAUGAUUGGAAUCCAAGUAAAGAUCUUCAAGCUAUGGAUCGUGCACAUCGUAUUGGACAAAAAAAAGUUGUUAAUGUUUAUCGAUUAAUAACACGAAAUACAAUUGAAGAAAAAAUUAUGAAUCUUCAACGAUUUAAAACAAAUUUAGCUGAUACAGUAUUAGCAUCGGAUAAUAAUUCAUCGAGUUUAUUUAAUUUAGAAAAAGACACAAAUUUAAUUGAUCUUAUAUCAUUAGGUGAUGAAGCAAAAGGACAAUCAUUACUAACAGAUAAUUCAACGAAAAAAGGCAAUACAAAUAAAAAACAAACAUUAAAAUCAAUACUUGAUACAUUUUCUGAACAAGUUGAUAAUGAUGAUGAAUGUUAUAGUGGUGAAUAUGAUGUGAACAAAUUUAUUCAACAGCAUUAA